GAAUGCGGAGGGGAGGCGCAUCCAAUUCAAACAAAGUAACCUCAAAUUCUCACACCAAUCUUCACCUCUCUGCUCUCCGAUGCCGCAAAAUCAUUGGGAGAGAGAAGGAACCCAUUUGAGCAAGUCAUUGAUUUGCUCCGCAACUUCUCAAUUCCGGAACUAAGCUCCCCCACCAAAGUUUCCAAUACUCAUUUCAAUUCAAUGCGCUUUUCGGCCCUAAUCCAUCGAAUUCUCGCAUGGGUCGUCGUCUUCUCCUCAAUUUUCUUCGUCUCUCACUCCCUCCCCGAGAAUCGAACCGCUGAAGCCCGACUUUUCUGCGGAAAAUCGCAGUUUCCAGCCGCAUUUGCCGACAAUUUGAAGGAAAUGAUGGAAGUCCUCUCCCUCCAGAUCUCACUUCAACACUGGGGAACUGCUUCGAUCGUCUCGAAUCCGCAGAUGUUCGGCCUCGCCCAAUGCCACGAGGAUCUCUCCGCGCAGGAUUGCCAGCUCUGUUUCGUCAAGAGCAGGAACAAGCUCCCCCGAUGCCUCCCCUCCAAUUCGGCCCGCAUGUACCUCGAUGGAUGCUUUCUACGCUACGACAAUUACAGCUUCUUCUCUGAAUCAGUCGACCGCGUCCACGACUUUGUGCGCUGCGAAGAGGAUUUGGGCUUCGUGGACAGAAUCACGAGGGGGAAGUUUAACAAUUCGGUGGACGAAGCGCUGGAGAAUGUGACAAAGAAGGCGGUGCAGAGCGGCGGAUUUGCGGUGGCGGAGGCGAGGCACGAUAACUCGGCGCCCGCGUACGCGCUGGCGCAGUGCUGGAACUCGGUUAGCGUGGAGGAUUGUGAGUAUUGUUUCGGCAAUGCAACCGCUGGGUUGAUGACGUGUUUACCUCGCUUGGGAGGGAAGGCUAUGUAUGCUGGGUGUUAUUUGAGGUAUUCUUCAUCUAAAUUUUUCGACGAUGACUACCAGUCUGACACCGCACCGCCGCCUGUAGGCAUCUUUGUUGUUGUUGUAGUAGUGGUGAUCUUGUCUAUGAUCAUUGUCUGUGGAGUUUAUCUUCAUCGUACAAAAUUGUCGAAGGCCAGAACAGAACCCAAGAAUCACAUUCCAGGUCCAACCGAAGUAAUCAACCCUAAAGUGAAUUUUCCUUACGAGGUACUUGAAAAAGCAACUGAAUUUUUUGAUGCCUCAAGGAAAUUAGGCCAAGGAGCAGCUGGUUCUGUGUACAAAGGCACUCUCCCUGAUGGAACUAUUGUUGCUGUGAAGAGAUUACACCAUAGUAUUCGACAAUGGACAGAUCACUUCUUCAAUGAGGUACAUUUGGUUGAAAGAAUUCGACACAAGAACCUUGUGAGGCUUUUGGGUAUGAGCAUCGAAGGUGCAGAGAUGCUUCUGGUCUAUGAAUAUGUACCAAACAAGGGCCUUGAUCAAUUCCUUUUUGAUAGGAACAUGAACCCAUUUCUAAAUUGGCAGCAGCGAUUUCAUAUCAUCCUGGGAAUAGCAGAAGGGCUUGCACAUCUUCAUGGAGGCUCUGCAAAAAAAAUUAUCCAUAGGGACAUAAAAUGCAGCAACAUUCUCCUUGAUGAGAAUCUUACCCCAAAAAUUGCUGAUUUUGGACUUGCCUGCUGCGUUGCAUCUAAUAGGCCUUGUGUUCUCUCUCAUGUUGCAGGGACACUGGGUUAUAUGGCUCCGGAAUAUCUUCUUCGGGGACUACUAACGGAUAAAGCAGAUGUUUAUGCUUUUGGGGUGCUGGUUCUUGAGAUUGCUACUGGUAGAAAGAACAGCAUUUACAUGCAGGGGACUGGUUCAAUUUUGGAAACUGUUUGGAAAGAUUACCGGUCAGAUCAUGUUGCUCAGUCUGUUGACCCAUGCUUGAAAGGUGACUUUCCAGUGCAACAAGCAUCAAAUGUGCUUCAAAUCGGGCUACUGUGCACACAAGCUCCCAUUGCUUUAAGACCAUCCAUGUCUGAAAUAGUUGAAAUGCUAGUCAAUGAAGGCUGUCAGAUCCCUCCACCACAGGAAGCCCCAUUCCUGAAUGCAAGUGUGCUAUUUAUGGAUGAUGGCUCCAAAUCUUCUUUUAUGAUGGCCCUCAGCAAGCAUUCCACAGCUGAAGUGCAAUCUACGCACACCGACAAGUCCUCUCUUGAGGAGUAAUGAAUAUGGUCCAAAAACGAAUGAUCACAACAUCUGUGUCAAGGUGGAUUCUACUCGGGUUUGCUAAAGGCAAAAACUCAUUAUAGCAGACACGGGAGGGCAGGGCAGGCCUGGAGAUUUAUCUUUGCAGAGGCAGGAAAUGGGUGUGUAAGGAUCCAUUGGAUGCGAAAGUAAUCAACUAAAGCCCCUCCCCUCGGAGUUUGCAAGUUUCAAUGAUCAUGGGGGAGAUGGAAAUGAAGCUAAUGAAAUGGGGAUUGGGGGAGGUGUUAAAGCUUCAAUGAGGUAUAUGGAAAUGAAACCAUGGACUGUAAAAUGCACAUAGGAUCCAAAAUUCAGCCGAGACAAAUAAACUAAUGAUUGUGGGCGAGGAGAGCAGGCUUUUUGCGCCUAAAUGAUUGCCCGGGGCUUAUGGCUGAUUCGGGGAAUGUAGGUGAGAGAUUCUUUACAUUUUUCCCCUUAAUUUUUCCCUCUAAUAUUCCAGCUUUUUUUUUUUUCCCUUGGUUUCUUUUGUUUCAUUCCUCUCUUUGAUAUACCAUUACAGGGAAGGACACUUCUUCUGAGAAAUAAAUAGAAGUGGCUAGUCCAUACUAGCAAGUGGGAAUUGCCAAAUUCUGUAUGUAACUGUAUGCAAUUCGUUGUCUUUAGACAAUGUGCCAAAGUCAUAUCCCCUGCGAAUUGCAGUGGUAGUAUUAGUAGAACUAAAUCACUAAUGGAGCUUCUUUCUAA